UCAAGUGCUAAUAAGGUUCCUGGCCCAGUCUCUCCAAUCCAGGCACAAGCCGCCAAUUUGAAGGGGCCACGAAUUUGAACUACCUCAGAUGGACCUGCUAGCAUGCCGCGCAAAUUGGCCAGAUUCGAAUGACUCCGUCCUAGCAGCUCGGCGCCUUGCAGACCCUGCGGCAACACAGUUGCAAUUUACAAUGACGGCGAAGAUAGCUUCCAACCGGGAGGCCUGGAGAAGGAGCUGGAGCAAGAGGAGGAGGAAGGAGGAUGCCAGGGAGAGGCGGGAGGAGGGGCGGGGGCAGGGACGGCGAAACAAAAACUCAUCAUGCGGCACAACCUGCGCACUUCAGGCGCGGUUCCUCGAGCGGCCGCCGCCGACGACGAGCACACCACGAGCCGCCGAAUUAGACGGACCUUGUCCCUAAGGUGUUCAUUUCGAAUGGGCUCAUUUCUACGGCUUCUGAUCCUUUAGGUCGCACGUUCCAUGCCGAGGCAGCAACGACCGCACAUCAGAAAUGAGCCGCG